AUGAGCGCACCGGAAUCUAGUACUUUACAUGCGAACACACCCGUCCCCACAGGCCAACAAUCUAUAACCACGUCAAAGGCCCCUCUACUAGGUGAGAGAUUCAAAGUACCAACGAACCAAAAAUUGUCGAAUCCCAGUGAAAACAGUGAGGUCGAUGUGGAUGCGAGUGAUUCUGCGAGCGGAACCGCAAAGUCGGGAAAGCGAAGAUUGUUUGGAUUCGGAAAAAAGAAGAAUGAUGAAAAGGUAAAGAGCAAAAAGAAGGAUGAUGGAGCCCUUGCUGGCAAUGCACCAUUGAUCCGCCCUCUCCAGCAGACGCAGAUGACGAACUCCCCUCCACGAUCAAGCUAUCCAUACCAACACCCUUCAUCACCACCAGGUCGAAAAUUGUUCUCAUCUUCCCCACGUGUAGUGUCGCCUGCAGGUUCGCAAAUCUUCGAGCGUGAUGUGCAAGAAAGUGCUAUUCAGCCAAAUUCUCCCGCAAUUCCGUCGCAUAUACAGACCGAGGAUUAUAUUCCACCAGUCCUAGAUGCAUCGUCGCAGGCUAUUACGAACAAUGACAUUGAUCCGGAUACAGUGGAAAUCGUUAUGCACUCUUCUCAUCAGCCAGCAGUAAUGUCAAUGAGUGGUAUCAGCAGUAGCGAACCUGGCGCGUCAAUGUGGACAGACGACUUGGUGGCCCACCCCGACAAGGACGAUGCGGCAUCAAACUACGGUGCUCUUGAUAGUACAGACAUCCGGAGAUUAAGCUUCAUUUCAUUUGCAGAUGUAGUGCAAUCAGAGCACGCAGAACAUGCUGGCAAUAGAGACUCAAUAUAUAUUGCGGGACUCAGUGCGUUGUCAUCACCAGGUAUAUCACCAGGUGUGAACCGUUCACCUUCGCCUGUGCGAUCACCAGUAUCGUCGUUUGGAUUCGGAACAUCACCCCCGACUAGUAAGUCAGCUUCCGUGAAAGGUGUUGAGCUUUCGCCAGUUCGAAAACAAACUGGUCUCGCCAGUCCGACUUCACUUCACUCUCCUACAAAUGGCGGCGAAUUGACCAUAGAGACAAUGUCACAGGCUGUGAAGAAGACCGGGAGCGGCGAUCUUAGUGGCGGCCUUCGCAGUUUACCUUUAAGCCCGGUAAGCUCUGAUGGCCCGGAUACGCCAUUUAGAUAA